UAAACACUCUCUCUUUCUAAAGGUGAACGCCGGUUAAAUUCCGACGGAGGAGAUGUUGAGAUCACGGCGUUCCCGUUCCCGUCACGGGGCACAAGCUUGCGCCGCUAUGUCUGCCGUUCUUCUUCUCGCUUCUGUCUCCUUUCUCUACACUCGUUUAUCGCUCUUCUCAUCUCAGUCGCCGACUCAUCUCCGCUCCGGCUCCGGCGAAGAUGCAGUUUUGUUCCCAGAAUCUCUCCUCGUCUCAGAUUCCGACGUCGUUGAAACCACCGCCGGAGGAGGAAGAGGAUCUACAACUUCUACAGAGGAUAGAAUCGACGAGCACGACGACGCGAUCGAAGACGACGGCGUUUCGAAUGAGGAAGAUGAGAAUCAGGAUGCGGAGCAAGAGCAAGAAGUGGAUCUUAAUCGGAACAAGGGUUCUUCUUCUUCUUCGUCUUCGUCUUCUGGGUUUUAUUUUGAUCACGUUAAUGGAGUUAUCAGAAGAGCUUUUAAUAAACGAUCUAUAGAUGAAUGGGAUUACGAUUACGCAGGUUUUAGUAUAGAUUCGGAUUUGGGAGAUAAGAGUAGAGCUGCAUUUGGAUCUGAUGAUAUUCCUUUGGACGAAUCGAUUCGUAGGAAGGUUGUUGAGGUUUCGAGUGUGGAAGAUGCGUUGUUGUUGAAAUCGGGGAAGAAGGUAUCGCCAUUGAGAGAAGGUUGGGGAGACUGGUUUGAUAAGAAAGGUGAUUUCUUGAGGAGAGAUAGGAUGUUUAAGUCGAAUAUAGAGACGUUGAAUCCAUUGAAUAAUCCAAUGUUGCAGGAUCCUGAUGGAGUUGGGAUCACUGGAUUGACUAGAGGGGAUAAGGUUGUGCAGAAAUGGAGGUUGAAUCAGAUUAAGAGAAACCCUUUCAUGGCAAAGAAGCCAUUGAGUGUUGUUUCAGAGAAGAAGGAACCAAGUGAAGUUAGAGAGAGUGGAGAAAGGAUUAGGUUGCAGAAUAGUGUUGAUGAGAGAAAUGGUGAGAUCAAGAGAGGUGAGCGUAAGACAUUAGAUGAUGAUAAGAAGAUCGAGACAAAGAAACAGAGUAUUGUGGAAUCUGAGGGAAAGCUUGAUGAGGUUACAGAACAUAUGUAUGCAGAUGGUACAAAGUGGGGAUAUUAUCCCGGUAUAGAACUGAGUUUGUCGUUUUCGGAUUUUAUGGAUUCGUUUUUUAGAAAGGAGAAGUGCUCUCUGAGAGUGUUUAUGGUGUGGAACUCACCUGGUUGGAUGUUUAGCGUUAGGCAUCAAAGAGGGCUUGAGAGCUUACUUUCUCAGCAUCGAGAUGCUUGUGUUGUGGUUUUCUCAGAGACCGUCGAGCUUGAUUUCUUCCGAAACAGUUUUGUGAAAGACGGUUAUAAAGUUGCUGUUGCAAUGCCCAACCUCGAUGAGUUGUUGCAGAAUACUCCUACUCACGUAUUUGCUUCUGUAUGGUUUGAUUGGAGAAAAACAAAGUUUUAUCCUACUCACUACAGUGAACUCGUUCGGCUUGCCGCUCUUUACAAAUAUGGUGGGGUUUAUCUCGAUUCUGAUGUGAUAGUUGUGGGUUCAUUGUCAUCCCUGAGAAACACUCUUGGCUUGGAGGAUCAGGCAGCGGGUGAAUCGUUAAACGGUGCAGUUAUGUCAUUUGAAAAGAAAAGCCUGUUCUUACUUGAAUGCUUGAACGAAUACUACUUAACUUAUGAUGAUAAGUGUUUGCGAUGCAAUGGAGCUAAUCUCUUGACACGAGUAGCGAAACGGUUUUUAAACGGGAAGAAUCGGCGUAUGACUCAACAGGAGCUUAACAUUCGACCUUCCUCUGCAUUCUUCCCAAUCAGCCCACAACAGAUAACAAACUAUUUUGCAUAUCCCACAACAGAAGAUGAGAAAUCGCAGCAAGGCGAAUUGUUCAAGAAGAUCAUCAAUGAAUCAUUAACGUUCCAUUUCUGGAACAGCGCAACUUCAUCUCUGAUCCCUGAACCAGAGAGCCUUGUGGCUAAGAUUCUUGACCAUAGUUGUAUCCGUUGCUCCGAUGUAUUAUAAAACUAUAUUUUUUCUUUUUUGUAAAAACCAUUUAGAAUAUAAAGAGAAAUUUUUGCAAGAGUCUC